AUGAGGGGAGAAGAAAAGUACUCUCUCUACGCGAUGAGAGAGGAAGCGACGACGAGUGAAAUGAAAUGACGGCAACACGCGACAUUGGAUAUCGAAUUUAUUCUUCCAUCGCCGCGCGACGUGCGAGCAAGCAUUUACGUUUCGCUUUCAUGCGGUCGGUUAGUUUAUGCGAGCCUCGUCGACAAUGAUGAAUCCGUUUGGUGUGACGACUCUAUUAUUAAUUCCUGGCGAACUUCCGCGCGCGCGAACGAUGCGUGUCUUAUGUAAAGGAUGACGCUCUCGGAUCCUGAAUGUCGAACGCUGACGCGUCUCUAUCUCUCUCUUGGGCGAGACUUGGUUUAUGUUUCGGAACGAUCCGAGUGACAAAAGCCAGAGGGGAAAUUUGCACGGGCCUUCAGAGUCACUGCGAAUUAUUUUCAAUCUUCGAUAUCCAGGGUUGGGUAAGUUUUUAACGCCCAGAAAGACGUGUGGCUUCAUCUUGAGGAUACAAAUAUCUAAAAGCGACAUAUGGCAGGUAGCUGCAUCAACGUUAAUUGGAUAUGUGUGGUCAUUAACUCUGCUCAGUGGCGAGAAAAUAGUACGGAAUCAUCAUGAGAGGCGCGUAUAUAUAUGUAUGUAUAUAUAUCGACCGCAGGGGGAUCAAAACGCGGACGAAGACGAGGAGAAGGCCUCCACCGCCUCCGCGAAGGCGAGGCGGAAUGACGCGGAAUUGAACGGAAGUCGCUCGUGGCCUUCGCCUCGCUGACUUUUCGUCUCACACGCUCGAUACUCGGUGGCCAAUAUACAAAACGAGAUAGGACUACGAGAUUGUCACUCCUUCUUCGUACUCGUUGAAAAGUGGAGAAAAUAAAUCGCAUUAAAAAAUUCAUUUUUCCCUUGGAAAAAUUAACUUUCUUGUAGUUUAAUUAUAGAGCUAUACAAUGUAAGAAAUGAAAACAAGUUGGCAAAUACAGAUAAUAAAAAUCUUACCCUUGAGUUGAAAU